UUUCUGGAUAUUAAUGUAAACAAAUAGACAGUUCAGUGGAAGAAAAAAGAAAAGAAAAAAAGACUUGGGGAAACGAGUAGAGUCCAGUAAGAGAACAACACUAGGGACAAAGAGAGAAGAAGAUUCAUGUCUGAAGCUCAAUUGGUCUGAAGACUCUUCAAAGUUUGGUCCUUUCCUCUUUUUUAUUUCCAUAUCUUGGCAUCUCCGAUCUCUCUCUCUCUCUCUCUCUGUUCUUAAAGCAUUUUGGACCAAAAGAGAGAAGCAGCUGAAGCUACAGUUUUGCAGAGUUUCUUCUUUUACCAGGUUCUUCUUCAAAGGGUGUGUGUUUCAAACUCUAACCCCAAGCAAUGCAGACUCCAAAACAAAGGCCUGGGUCGUUAGAGGUGCCUCAGAAGAAAUCUCCUACAGCAACUCCUAGAACUGCUCGUAAGCUCAAAACUGCAGAAGCUGACCCUGUUUCUUCUCCCAACCCAAAACUGAGGACACCGAAAACUCAGAGCCCAAAAGUUGUUGCUGAUCGCCGUUCUCCAAAAGCCCCUGUAAAUGAGAUUCAAAAGAGGAGAACAUGGGGAACACCAGAAGCAGCAGCAUCUCAGCUAUCUCAGCUCCAAGAGGAGCUAAAGAAGGCCAAGGAACAGCUAAGCGCAUCAGAAGCUUCCAAGAACAAAGCUCAAGACGAAGCAAACGAAACAAAACAGCAGCUAACAGAGAUAACCGCCUCAGAGGACUCAAGAAUCGACGAGCUCCGCAAACUCUCUCAAGAGCGAGACAAAGCGUGGCAGUCCGAACUCGAAGCAAUGCAGAGACAGCACGCCAUGGACUCCGCCGCGCUAGCUUCUGCGAUGAGCGAGGUCCAGAAACUCAAAGCGCAGGUGUCUGAAUCCGAGUCAGUUAGGAUGGAACUUAAAGAGACGUUGUCUCUCGUCGAGGAGCUUAGAGUUGAGGUGUACGACGCAAAGGAAGGAGAAGCUAAGGCCCAUGAGGUUGUUUCAGCGACUGAGAAGCAGUUGGAGAUAGCUAACUUGACGCUGGAGAUGCUGCGUUCUGAUGGGAUGAAGAUGUCUGAAGCUUGCAACGCCCUUACGACCGAGCUAGAGCAGUGUAAGUCAGAGGUGAAGUCGUUAGAGGAGCUUGUGAGACAGAUGGAGGAAGAACGAGGUGACAAUGAGGAGGAUGAUUCAGAGAUAAACGCUGCGAGGGAAGAGAUUAGUCAGCUGAAGAAUGCAGUGGAAGUGACUGAGAGAAGGUAUCACGAAGAGUAUAUACAAAGCACGUUGCAGAUACGAAGCGCUUAUGAGCAAGUGGAGGUUGUUAAGUGUGGUUACGCGGAGAAAGAAGCUGAGUUUGAGGAAGAGCUGAAGAGAAUUAAAGCUGAGAGAGAGGCUUUGCAUGAACGGUUGAUGGAUAAAGAAGCUAAGCUGAGGAUACUGGCUGAUGAGAACGAGUUACUCAACUUGAAGAUUAAAGAAGCUGAGGAGGUGGAGAGUGAUAUGAUGGAGCUGAGAGGGAAUCUAAUGGACAAGGAGAUGGAGCUGCAGAGUCUAAGGAGCGAGAUGGAGAAGAUGGGGAGGGAGAAGGAGGAAGCCUUGGAGAGGUUUGGGAGUUUGCGUGAGGAAGCUGAGAAGAGCGGGAAGAGAGCGGAGAACGCGAGGGAACAGCUAGGAGCAGCGCAAGUGACUAACACGGAGCUAGAAGGUGAGCUUAGGAGACUUAAGGUUCAGUGUGAUCAGUGGAGGAAAGCGGCUGAAGCUGCAGCUUCUAUGCUCUCUGGUGGUAAUAAUAACAGUAAUGGGAAGUAUGUGGAGAGAACAGGAUCGCUGGAGAGUCCGUUGAGGAGGAACGUGAACAUGUUGUCUCCUUAUAGAGAUGAAACUGAUGAUGACUUGUCUUCUUCGCCGAAGAAGAAGAAUGGGAGUAUGCUUAAGAAGUUUGGUGUGUUACUUAAGAAGAGUCAGAAGUGAUAACUGAAGUAAGAUUAAAAAAAAAAAUCUACCAUUGUUGUCUUUAAUUUUCGCUUGUUGUUUUUUCUUUAAGUUUCAAUGUGUAGACAUGUUUUAGUUCCCUAAGCUGUAUUCUGAACUGCUUUAGCUUCUUUGUCUAUGUGACUAAGCUCAAACUCUGAUCAACAUUUAUGAAGCUGAACUUUGUUGUUUA